AUGCAAGUGCAAGAGUAUAAACAAACAGUCACUACAAAAGAGUCGCAACUCUUGAUUCAUGAAUUGAUUAGUGUAUCGAUUUACUGUAUUACUUUUUUGCGUGAUAUAUUCAGUGAGGAUCAUUAUAUUGAUGCAAAAUAUUAUAAUGAAAAAAAACCCAAACCAGAUUCAAAUUUCAUUCGUACCAAAAAGCUUAGAAGCGGUAUUGAUAGUCAAACAGAUAUGCUUAUCAAAUGCAUUGAAGAAGGUAUUAAAGCCGCUAUUGAAAAACAAUUUUUGAAAGCGGUUCAGUUUUCAAUUUAUUUGUCAAAAGAUCAUCCUGAACAAGCAAUUGAGAGCUAUGUUUUUAGUAUUGAUUAUGAUACUAACCUGUUAUCAAUCUCUCUGGGUUUAAGCUCGCGUUUUAGCGAUUCAAAAACUUCAAUUUGUGAAUUGCAGGAUAGCGACUCGGUUAUUGCCCAGAUUCAAACCAUGAUUAGAAAAUUGAUUGUGUUGAGUCAAUCAUUUGAUUUUUUGCCGCCGGAGAAGUUUGUCUCGAUUAGACUAUUGUUUAAUGAAAACUGUCCGGAUGAUUAUCAACCACAGUUUUUCCAAGAUGCCAGUAUGCUACCAGCAGUGACAUUAAGAGUUGACAAUGAAAAUCAGAUGAGUGAUCUUGGUGAAAUUGAUACUGGUAAAAAUCAAGUUAAAUUGAAUGUAUUUGCUGACAGUAAAAGUGCCCAUAGUGUUUUAGUUGUUGAUCCAUUUGAUUUUAUUGAUGAUGGUAUUGAUAAUUCUGAUGCAUCAGGUACCUGUAUCGCUACAGAUUAUUCUAAUAACAAUGAAAUUCAUGUUGGUGCUGACGUUGAUGUUGAUGUUGACGUUGAUGUUGAAGUUGAUGUUCCUGUUUCUUCGUUGCAUUUGGAUUCAUUUUUGGACACCCAUAAAUCCGAUGCUGUGAUAACUCAAUCUUUGAGAACUUAUACUCAAGAACAAAGUCAUUGCCAGAAAUGUCAUACUUCUUUGAAUCCUGUGGAGUAUGGAUACGAUAAACCGAUUAAGCGUCCAUUUGCGUGCUACAAGUGCAUGUUAAAUGAUGAAAUAUCAUCUGAGUUAAUGUUAUUGAUGAAAAUCAGACUGGUUUGGCACUAUCUUUUGAACAAUGGGUUUCCAGAUACAGAAAAAUUAUUACAAAAAACUGGCAUAGAUGUAUGGGAUGCAGGUAAUGCAGUUAAUGCAGAGUUGGUUCGGAAUGUGUUUAACUGCUUGUUUCUGCAGCUGCUACUUUUAGUUACCACCAAUGUUGCAUUCAAGCCCAACUCAGCUGAAUUUGAGCCUGGAAUGGGCGAGUUUUGUCCCCCUGUUGAGGGGAUUUUGGAUAAUAAUGGAAUAACUUUGACCAAGGGUAAAUCAUACAAUGUUUCUUUUGUGCCUCAGUUGUGUAAAAAGUUUUACUUUCUCACUUAUGACAAGAGCCUUGACAAGAUAUACUUUCCAAAUUUUCAAAUGCACCGAAUUGACCUUGUCAAAAAAACCUUGGAAAAAUUCAAAGCAUUAGUUACCACAGCUAUCACUGUGAGAGCCCCCAAUGUUGGUUCCCGUAAUUUUAAUUCAGAGAUAGCUGACUCACAACCAUUGCUGGGUGCAAUUACGAUGCUGCAUCGUAGACAACUGGUGUUGAAUACUGUAAAGCAAUCACCAGAAGAUCAAACUACAAGACCAUGCCAGUCAUUGGAAAAAGUUCGUGCAUGUGCAAGUCCUGAGAAUAUUGUACAAUCUUUGAGAAAAAGAGUAUCCUCACCUGAGGCAACUACAGAACUCUCAUUUCAAGACUCGUUGGGGUUUCUUUCGCAGCAAUUGCAACAACUGCAGCAAGAUGUCACAUUUAUUUCACCUGUAAAACUUGAUGAGUUAAAAUGCGAGAUAGAGGCAGAAAAAGAUCAUACAUUCAGUGUUGCAAGAGAUGGAGAACAAUGGAGAAAGAGAAGAAAGAUUAGUAUCAACAAAAAAUGUUGGCAGUAG